AUGGUAACUUCCAGCUCUAGUAGAACAUCUACUGCUGCUCUUCUCAGCAGCACAGCUAAGAAGACAACAGCUUCUCCCACCACGGUCCUUAUAGAAACAUUCACCACUGCUCCUGGGACAAGCCCACCCCCGGCCACCUCCUCAGGGAUGACUCUGACCACUGAUCUGGACAACACUUCUACUCUGACCACAGCUUUGUCCACCUCUACUCUGGAAACAACCUCAAAUGCUAUUUCUACAGCCCCUUCAACAUCUCAGGCAACCACUUUGGUCAUGUCUACCACCACAAUGGAAAGCUCCAGCACUGCUGCCCACUCAACGUCUCCUUCUGAGACAACAGCUGCACCUUCAUCCACCGUAACAAAAACACCUGCUUUUGAGACAACCUCCACGCUCCUCUCCACCAGAGCAGAAACCUCCAGCCCAGCUGCAGCAAGGACCACUGUGGUCACUUCCAGCCCGGGAACAUCUGCUGCUGUUCUUCGCAGCACCACAACUAUGGAGACAACAGCCUCUCCCACCACAGUUCUUGCAGAAACAUCCUCUUCUGCUCCUGGUACAAGGCCAUCUCCUGCCACCACCUCAGCGGUGACUCUGAGCACUGCUCUGGACAACACUUCUCCAACUCUGAGCACAGAUACACCUAUCUCUACUGUGGAAACCAUCUCCACUGCUACCUCCAGAGCCACCUCAGUCCCUGAGAAAACCACUGUGGCCACCUCCACCAUGAUAGAAACCUCUCCCAUGGCCAUCCAUUCCACAUCUGCUCCUGAGACGACAGCCUCACCCACUUCCAGUCCAACACAAAUCUCUGCUCUUGAGACAUCACCCACACUCCUCUCCACCACAGCAGAAACCUCCAGCCCAGGUGUUGAAACAACCACUGUGGUCAAUUCCAGCCCACCUGGAACCUCUGCUGCUGCUCUUCUCACCAUGAGUGCUAUGGAGACAGCAGCUUCUCCCACAUCGGUCCUUGCAAAAACAUUGUCCUCCACUCCUGGGACAAGGCCUCCUCCUGCCACCACCUCGGACACUACCCCAACCACUUCUCAGAGCAACACUUCUCCAACUUUGAUUGCAGCUACAGCCACCUCUACUCUGGAAACAACCUCCACUGUUACCACUAGAACCACCUCGACACCUCAGGCAACCACUGCAGACAUCUUCACCAUGAUGGAAACCUCCCCGGUGGCUGCCCACUCCACAUCUCCUCCUGAGAUGACAGCUGCACUCUCAUCUACUCCAACACAAACACCUGCUCUUGAAACAACCUCCACACUCCUGUCCACCAGAGCAGAAACCUCCAGCCCAACUCCUGCGACAAACACCACGGUCCCUUCCAGCUCACCUGAAACAUCUGCUGCUGUUCUUCUCAGCACCACUGCUAAGGAGUCAACAGCCUCUCCCACCACAAUCCUUGGAGAAACAGUCUCCUCUGCUCCUCAGACAAGCCCACAUCCUGCCACCACCUCAGUGGUGACUCUGAGCACUGCUCUGGACACUUCCCCACCUGUGACCACAGCUAAACCCACCUCUGCUUUGGCAAAAAUGUUCACUGCCACUACUACAGCCACCUCAACCCCUGCGGCAACAACUGUGGCCAUCUCCCCCAUGAUGGAAACCUCCAUCUCAGCCGCCAAGUCCACGUCUCCUCUUGAGACUACAGCUGCGCCCUCGUCCACUCCAACGAAAACGCCUGAUCUUGAGACAACCUCCACACUUCUCUCCACCAGAGCAGAAACCUCCAGCCCAGGUCCUGAAGCAACCACCAUGGUAACUUCCAGCUCUAGUAGAACAUCUACUGCUGCUCUUCUCAGCAGCACAGCUAAGAAGACAACAGCUUCUCCCACCACGGUCCUUAUAGAAACAUUCACCACUGCUCCUGGGACAAGCCCACCCCCGGCCACCUCCUCAGGGAUGACUCUGACCACAGAUCUGGACAACACUUCUCCUACUCUGACCACAGCUUUGUCCACCUCUACUCUGGAAACAACCUCAAAUGCUAUUUCUACAGCCCCUUCAACAUCUCAGGCAACCACUUUGGUCAUGUCUACCACCACGAUGGAAAGCUCCAGCACUGCUGCCCACUCAACGUCUCCUUCUGAGACAACAGCUGCACCUUCAUCCACCGUAACAAAAACACCUGCUCUUGAGACAACCUCCACAAUCCUCUCCACCAGAGCAGAAACCUCCAGCCCAGCUGCAGCAAGGACCACUGUGGUCACUUCCAGCCCUGGAACAUCUGCUGCUGUUCUUCUCAGCACCACAACUAUGGAGACAACAGCCUCUCCCAUCACAGUUCUUGAAGAAACAUCCUCUUCUGCUCCUGGGACAAGGCCAUCUCCUGCCACCACCUCAGCGGUGACUCUGAGCACUGCUCUGGACAACACUUCUCCAACUCUGAGCACAGAUACACCUAUCUCUACUGUGGAAACCAUCUCCACUGCUACCUCUAGAGCCACCUCAGUCCCUGAGAAAACCACUAUGGCCACCUCCACCAUGAUAGAAACCUCUCCCAUGGCCAUCCAUUCCACAUCUGCUCCUGAGACGACAGCCUCACCCACUUCCAGUCCAACACAAAUCUCUGCUCUUGAGACAUCAUCCACACUCCUCUCCACCACAGCAGAAACCUCCAGCCCAGGUGUUGAAACAACCACUGUGGUCAAUUCCAGCCCCCCUGGAACAUCUGCUGCUGCUCUUCUCACCAUGAGUGCUAUGGAGACAGCAGCUUCUCCCACAUCGGACCUUGCAAAAACAUUGUCCUCCACUCCUGGGACAAGGCCUCCUCCUGCCACCACCUUGGACACUACCCCAACCACUUCUCAAAGCAACAUUUCUCCAACUUUGAUUGCAGCUACAGCCACCUCUACUCUGGAAACAACCUCCACUGUUACCACUAGAGCCACCUCGACCCCUCAAGCCACCCCAGGGGCCAUCUCCACCACGACAGAAAGCACCCGCAUGGCUGUCCAGUCCACAUCCUCUCCUGAGAAUAGUGCUGCACCAUCUUCAAACCCCACCCAAACACCUGCUCUUGAAACAACCUCCACAAUCGUGUCCACCAGAGCAGAAACCUCCAGCCCAACUCCUGCGACAAACACCACAGUUCCUUCCAGCUCACCUGAAACAUCUGCUGCUGUUCUUCUCAGCACCACUGCUAAGGAGUCAACAGCCUCUCCCACCACAAUCCUUGGAGAAACAGUCUCCUCUGCUCCUCAGACAAGCCCACAUCCUGCCACCACCUCAGUGGUGACUCUGAGCACUGCUCUGGACACUUCCCCACCUGUGACCACAGCUAAACCCACCUCUGCUUUGGCAAAAAUGUUCACUGCCACUGCUACAGCCACCUCAACCCCUGCGGCAACAACUGUGGCCAUCUCCCCCAUGAUGGAAACCUCCAUCUCAGCCGCCAAGUCCACGUCUCCUCUUGAGACUACAGCUGCGCCCUCGUCCACUCCAACGAAAAUGCCUGAUCUUGAGACAACCUCCACAAUUUUCUCCUCUAGGGCAGAAACCUCCAGCCCAGGUCCUGAAGCAACCACCAUGGUAACUUCCAGCUCUAGUAGAACAUCUACUGCUGCUCUUCUCAGCAGCACAGCUAAGAAGACAACAGCUUCUCCCACCACGGUCCUUAUAGAAACAUUCACCACUGCUCCUGGGACAAGCCCACCCCCGGCCACCUCCUCAGGGAUGACUCUGACCACUGAUCUGGACAACACUUCUCCUACUCUGACCACAGCUUUGUCCACCUCUACUCUGGAAACAACCUCAAAUGCUAUUUCUACAGCCACUUCAACUUCUCAGGCAACCACUUUGGUCAUGUCUACCACCACGAUGGAAAGCUCCAGCACUGCUGCCCACUCAACGUCUCCUUCUGAGACAACAGCUGCACCUUCAUCCACCGUAACAAAAACACCUGCUCUUGAGACAACCUCCACAUUCCUCUCCACCAGAGCAGAAACCUCCAGCCCAGCUGCAGCAAGGACCACUGGUGUCACUUCCAGCCCUGGAACAUCUGCUGCUGUUCUUCUCAGCACCACAACUAUGGAGACAACAGCCUCUCCCACCAUAGUUCUUGAAGAAACAUCCUCUUCUGCUCCUGGGACAAGGCCAUCUCCUGCCACCACCUCAGCAGUGACUCUGAGCACUGCUCUGGACAACACUUCUCCAACUCUGAGCACAGAUACACCUAUCUCUACUCUGGAAACCAUCUCCACUGCUACCUCCAGAGCCACCUCAGUCCCUGAGAAAACCACUGUGGCCAUCUCCACCAUGAUAGAAACCUCUCCCAUGGCCAUCCAUUCCACAUCUGCUCCUGAGACGACAGCCUCACCCACUUCCAGUCCAACACAAAUCUCUGCUCUUGAGACAUCACCCACACUCCUCUCCACCACAGCAGAAACCUCCAGCCCAGGUGUUGAAACAACCACUGUGGUCAAUUCCAGCCCACCUGGAACCUCUACUGCUGCUCUUCUCACCAUGAGUGCUAUGGAGACAGCAGCUUCUCCCACAUCGGACCUUGCAAAAGCAUUGUCCUCCACUCCUGGGACAAGGCCUCCUCCUGCCACCACCUUGGACACUACCCCAACCACUUCUCAGAGCAACACUUCUCCAACUUUGAUUGCAGCUACAGCCACCUCUACUCUGGAAACAACCUCCACUGUUACCACUAGAGCCACCUCGACCCCUCAAGCCACCACAGGGGCCAUCUCCACCACGACAGAAACCACCCGCAUGGCUGCCCAGUCCACAUCCUCUCCUGAGAAUAGUGCUGCACCAUCUUCAAACCCCACCCAAACACCUGCUCUUGAAACAACCACCACACUCCUGUCCACCAGAGCAGAAACCUCCAGCCCACCUGCUGAAAUGACCACUGUGAUCACUUCCAGCCCACUUGGAACAUCUGCUGCUGCUCUUCUCACCACCACAGUUAUGGAGACAACAACCUCUCAUCCAUCGGUCUUUGAAGAAAAAUCCAGCUCUGCUCCUGGGACAAGAUCACCUCCUGUCACCACCUCGGGGACUGCCCUAGACAGCACUUCCCAAGUUCUGGCAGCAUCUACAGCCACCUCUACUCUGGAAACAACCUCCUCUGUUACCACUAGAACCACCUCGACACCUCAGGCAACCACUGCAGACAUCUCCACCAUGAUGGAAACCUCCCCGGUGGCUGCCCACUCCACAUCUCCUCCUGAGAUGACAGCUACACUCUCAUCUACUCCAACACAAACACCUGCUCUUGAAACAACCUCCACACCCCUCUCCACCAGAGCAGAAACCUCCAGCCCAGCUCCUGCGACAAACACCACGGUCCCUUCCAGCUCACCUGAAACAUCUGCUGCUGUUCUUCUCAGGACCACUGCUAAGGAGUCAACAGCCUCUCCCACCACAAUCCUUGGAGAAACAGUCUCCUCUGCUCCUCAGACAAGCCCACAUCCUGCCACCACCUCAGUGGUGACUCCGAGCACUGCUCUGGACACUUCCCCACCUGUGACCACAGCUAAACCCACCUCUGCUUUGGCAAAAAUGUCCACUGCCACUGCUACAGCCACCUCAACCCCUGCGGCAACAACUGUGGCCAUCUCCCCCAUGAUGGAAACCUCCAUCUCAGCCGCCAAGUCCACCUCUCCUCUUGAGACUACAGCUGCGCCCUCGUCCACUCCAACGAAAACGCCUGAUCUUGAGACAACCUCCACACUUCUCUCCACCAGAGCAGAAACCUCCAGCCCAGGUCCUGAAGCAACCACCAUGGUAACUUCCAGCUCUAGUAGAACAUCUACUGCUGCUCUUCUCAGCAGCACAGCUAAGAAGACAACAGCUUCUCCCACCACGGUCCUUAUAGAAACAUUCACCACUGCUCCUGGGACAAGCCCACCCCCGGCCACCUCCUCAGGGAUGACUCUGACCACUGAUCUGGACAACACUUCUCCUACUCUGACCACAGCUUUGUCCACCUCUACUCUGGAAACAACCUCAAAUGCUAUUUCUACAGCCACUUCAACAUCUCAGGCAACCACUUUGGUCAUGUCUACCACCACGAUGGAAACCUCCAGCACUGCUGCCCACUCAACGUCUCCUUCUGAGACAACAGCUGCACCUUCAUCCGCCUUAACAAAAACACCUGCUUUUGAGACAACCUCCACGCUCCUCUCCACCAGAGCAGAAACCUCCAGCCCAGCUGCAGCAAGGACCACUGUGGUCACUUCCAGCCCUGGAACAUCUGCUGCUGUUCUUCUCAGCACCACAACUAUGGAGACAACAGCCUCUCCCACCACAGUUCUUGAAGAAACAUCCUCUUCUGCUCCUGGGACAAGGCCAUCUCCUGCCACCACCUCAGCGGUGACUCUGAGCACUGCUCUGGACAACACUUCUCCCACUCUGAGCACAGAUACACCUAUCUCUACUCUGGAAACCAUCUCCACUGCUACCUCUAGAGCCACCUCAGUCUCUGAGAAAACCACUGUGGCCACCUCCACCAUGAUAGAAACCUCUCCCAUGGCCAUCCAUUCCACAUCUGCUCCUGAGACGACAGCCUCACCCACUUCCAGUCCAACACAAAUCUCUGCUCUUGAGACAUCACCCACACUCCUCUCCACCACAGCAGAAACCUCCAGCCCAGGUGUUGAAACAACCACUGUGGUCAAUUCCAGCCCACCUGGAACCUCUACUGCUGCUCUUCUCACCAUGAGUGCUAUGGAGACAGCAGCUUCUCCCACAUCGGACCUUGCAAAAGCAUUGUCCUCCACUCCUGGGACAAGGCCUCCUCCUGCCACCACCUUGGACACUACCCCAACCACUUCUCAGAGCAACACUUCUCCAACUUUGAUUGCAGCUACAGCCAUCUCUACUCUGGAAACAACCUCCACUGUUACCACUAGAACCACCUCGACACCUCAGGCAACCACUGCAGACAUCUCCACCACGAUGGAAACCUCCCCGGUGGCUGCCCAGUCCACAUCCUCUCCUGAGAUGACAGCUGCACUCUCAUCUACUCCAACACAAACACCUGCUCUUGAAACAACCUCCACACUCCUGUCCACCAGAGCAGAAACCUCCAGCCCAGCUCCUGCGACAAACACCAUGGUCCCUUCCAGCUCACCUGAAACAUCUGCUGCUGUUCUUCUCAGGACCACUGCUAAGGAGUCAACAGCCUCUCCCACCACAAUCCUUGGAGAAACAGUCUCCUCUGCUCCUCAGACAAGCCCACAUCCUGCCACCACCUCAGUGGUGACUCCGAGCACUGCUCUGGACACUUCCCCACCUGUGACCACAGCUAAAUCCACCUCUGCUUUGGCAAAAAUGUUCACUGCCACUGCUACAGCCACCUCAACCCCUGCGGCAACAACUGUGGCCAUCUCCCCCAUGAUGGAAACCUCCAUCUCAGCCGCCAAGUCCACCUCUCCUCUUGAGACUACAGCUGCGCCCUCGUCCACUCCAACGAAAACGCCUGAUCUUGAGACAACCUCCACAAUUCUCUCCUCCAGGGCAGAAACCUCCAGCGCAGGUCCUGAAGAAACCACCAUGGUAACUUCCAGCUCUAGUAGAACAUCUACUGCUGCUCUUCUCAGCAGCACAGCUAAGAAGACAACAGCUUCUCCCACCACGGUCCUUAUAGAAACAUUCACCACUGCUCCUGGGACAAGCCCACCCCCGGCCACCUCCUCAGGGAUGACUCUGACCACUGAUCUGGACAACACUUCUCCUACUCUGACCACAGCUUUGUCCACCUCUGCUCUGGAAACAACCUCAAAUGCUAUUUCAACAGCCACUUCAACAUCUCAGGCAACCACUUUGGUCAUGUCUACCACCACGAUGGAAACCUCCAGCACUGCUGCCCACUCAACGUCUCCUUCUGAGACAACAGCUGCACCUUCAUCCGCCUUAACAAAAACACCUGCUCUUGAGACAACCUCCACAAUCCUCUCCACCAGAGCAGAAACCUCCAGCCCAGCUGCAGCAAGGACCACUGUGGUCACUUCCAGCCCUGGAACAUCUGCUGCUGUUCUUCUCAGCACCACAACUAUGGAGACAACAGCCUCUCCCACCACAGUUCUUGAAGAAACAUCCUCUUCUGCUCCUGAGACAAGGCCAUCUCCUGCCAUCUCCUCAGCAGUGACUCUGAGCACUGCUCUGUACAACACUUCUCCAACUCUGAGCACAGAUACACCUAUUUCUACUGUGGAAACCAUCUCCACUGCUACCUCUAGAGCCACCUCAGUCCCUGAGAAAACCACUGUGGCCACCUCCACCAUGAUAGAAACCUCUCCCAUGGCCAUCCAUUCCACAUCUGCUCCUGAGACGACAGCCUCACCCACUUCCAGUCCAACACAAAUCUCUGCUCUUGAGACAUCAUCCACACUCCUCUCCACCACAGCAGAAACCUCCAGCCCAGGUGUUGAAACAACCACUGUGGUCAAUUCCAGCCCACCUGGAACCUCUACUGCUGCUCUUCUCACCACGAGUGCUAUGGAGACAGCAGCUUCUCCCACAUCGGACCUUGCAAAAACAUUGUCCUCCACUCCUGGGACAAGGCCUCCUCCUGCCACCACCUCGGACACUACCCCAACCACUUCUCAGAGCAACACUUCUCCAACUUUGAUUGCAGCUACAGCCACCUCUCCUCUGGAAACAACCUUCACUGUUACCACUAGAGCCACCUCGACCCCUCAAGCCACCACAGGGGCCAUCUCCACCAUGACAGAAACCACCCGCAUGGCUGCCCAGUCCACAUCCUCUCCUGAGAAUAGUGCUGCACCAUCUUCAAACCCCACCCAAACACCUGCUCUUGAAACAACCUCCACACUCCUGUCCACCAGAGCAGAAACCUCCAGCCCAGCUCCUGCGACAAACACCAUGGUCCCUUCCAGCUCACCUGAAACAUCUGCUGCUGUUCUUCUCAGCACCACUGCUAAGGAGUCAACAGCCUCUCCCACCACAAUCCUUGGAGAAACAGUCUCCUCUGCUCCUCAGACAAGCCCACAUCCUGCCACCACCUCAGUGGUGACUCUGAGCACUGCUCUGGACACUUCCCCACCUGUGACCACAGCUAAACCCACCUCUGCUUUGGCAAAAAUGUUCACUGCUACUACUACAGCCACCUCAACCCCUGCGGCAACAACUGUGGCCAUCUCCCCCAUGAUGGAAACCUCCAUCUCAGCCGCCAAGUCCACCUCUCCUCUUCAGACUACAGCUGCGCCCUCGUCCACUCCAACGAAAACGCCUGAUCUUGAGACAACCUCCACAAUUCUCUCCACCAGGGCAGAAACCUCCAGCGCAGGUCCUGAAGAAACCACCAUGGUAACUUCCAGCUCUAGUAGAACAUCUACUGCUGCUCUUCUCAGCAGCACAGCUAAGAAGACAACAGCUUCUCCCACCACGGUCCUUAUAGAAACAUUCACCACUGCUCCUGGGACAAGCCCACCCCCGGCCACCUCCUCAGGGAUGACUCUGACCACUGAUCUGGACAACACUUCUCCUACUCUGACCACAGCUUUGUCCACCUCUACUCUGGAAAUAACCUCAAAUGCUAUUUCUACAGCCCCUUCAACAUCUCAGGCAACCACUUUGGUCAUGUCUACCACCACGAUGGAAAGCUCCAGCACUGCUGCCCACUCAACGUCUCCUUCUGAGACAACAGCUGCACCUUCAUCCACCUUAACAAAAACACCUGCUCUUGAGACAACCUCCACAAUCCUCUCCACCAGAGCAGAAACCCCCAGCCCAGCUGCAGCAAGGACCACUGUGGUCACUUCCAGCCCUGGAACAUCUGCUGCUGUUCUUCUCAGCACCACAACUAUGGAGACAACAGCCUCUCCCACCACAGUUCUUGAAGAAACAUCCUCUUCUGCUCCUGGGACAAGGCCAUCUCCUGCCACCACCUCAGCGGUGACUCUGAGCACUGCUCUGGACAACACUUCUCCCACUCUGAGCACAGAUACACCUAUCUCUACUCUGGAAACCAUCUCCACUGCUACCUCCAGAGCCACCUCAGUCCCUGAGAAAACCACUGUGGCCACCUCCACCAUGAUAGAAACCUCUCCCAUGGCCAUCCAUUCCACAUCUGCUCCUGAGACGACAGCCUCACCCACUUCCAGUCCAACACAAAUCUCCCCUCUUGAGACAUCACCCACACUCCUCUCCACCACAGCAGAAACCUCCAGCCCAGGUGUUGAAACAACCACUAUGGUCAAUUCCAGUCCACCUGGAACAUCUGCUGCUGCUCUUCUCACCAUGAGUGCUAUGGAGACAGCAGCUUCUCCCACAUCGGUCCUUGCAAAAACAUUGUCCUCCACUCCUGGGACAAGGCCUCCUCCUGCCACCACCUCGGACACUACCCCAACCACUUCUCAGAGCAACACUUCUCCAACUUUGAUUGCAGCUACAGCCACCUCUACUCUGGAAACAACCUCCACUGUUACCACUAGAGCCACCUCGACCCCUCAAGCCACCACAGGGGCCAUCUCCACCACGACAGAAAGCACCCGCAUGGCUGCCCAGUCCACAUCCUCUCCUGAGAAUAGUGCUGCACCAUCUUCAAACCCCACACAAACACCUGCUCUUGAAACAACCUCCACACUCCUCUCCACCAGAAAAGAAAGGUCCAGUCCACCUGCUGAAAUGACCACUGUGAUCACUUCCAGCCCACUUGGAAAAUCUGCUGCUGCUCUUCUCACCACCACAGUUAUGGAGACAACAACCUCUCAUCCAUUGGUCUUUGCAGAAAAAUCCAGCUCUGCUCCUGGGACAAGAUCACCUCCUGUCACCACCUCGGGGACUGCCCUAGAUGGCACUUCCCAAGUUCUGGCAGCUUCUACAGCCACCUCUACUCUGGAAAAAACCUCCUCUGUUACCACUAGAACCACCUCGACACCUCAGGCAACCACUGCAGACAUCUCCACCAUGAUGGAAACCUCCCCCGUAGCUGCCCACUCCACAUCUCCUCCUGAGAUGACAGCUGCACUCUCAUCUACUCCAACACAAACACCUGCUCUUGAAACAACCUCCACACCCCUGUCCACCAGAGCAGAAACCUCCAGCCCAGCUCCUGCGACAAACACCAUGGUCCCUUCCAGCUCACCUGAAACAUCUGCUGCUGUUCUUCUCAGCACCACUGCUAAGGAGUCAACAGCCUCUCCCACCACAAUCCUUGGAGAAACAGUCUCCUCUGCUCCUCAGACAAGCCCACAUCCUGCCACCACCUCAGUGGUGACUCUGAGCACUGCUCUGGACACUUCCCCACCUGUGACCACAGCUAAACCCACCUCUGCUUUGGCAAAAAUGUUCACUGCCGCUACUACAGCCACCUCAACCCCUGCGGCAACAACUGUGGCCAUCUCCCCCAUGAUGGAAACCUCCAUCUCAGCCGCCAAGUCCACGUCUCCUCUUGAGACUACAGCUGCGCCGUCGUCCACUCCAACGAAAACGCCUGAUCUUGAGACAACCUCCACAAUCCUCUCCACCAGAGCAGAAACCUCCAGCGCAGAUCCUGAACAAACCACCAUGGUAACUUCCAGCUCUAGUAGAACAUCUACUGCUGCUCUUCUCAGCAGCACAGCUAAGAAGACAACAGCUUCUCCCACCACGGUCCUUAUAGAAACAUUCACCACUGCUCCUGGGACAAGCCCACCCCCGGCCACCUCCUCAGGGAUGACUCUGACCACAGAUCUGGACAACACUUCUCCUACUCUGACCACAGCUUUGUCCACCUCUACUCUGGAAACAACCUCAAAUGCUAUUUCUACAGCCACUUCAACAUCUCAGGCAACCACUUUGGUCACGUCUACCACCACGAUGGAAACCUCCAGCACUGCUGCCCACUCAACGUCUCCUUCUGAGACAACAGCUGCACCUUCAUCCGCCUUAACAAAAACACCUGCUCUUGAGACAACCUCCACGCUCCUCUCCACCAGAGCAGAAACCUCCAGCCCACCUGAUGCAAUGUCCACUGUGGUCACUUCCAGCCCUGGAACAUCUGCUGCUGUUCUUCUCAGCACCACAACUAUGGAGACAACAGCCUCUCCCACCACAGUUCUUGAAGAAACAUCCUCUUCUGCUCCUGGGACAAGGCCAUCUCCUGCCACCACCUCAGCGGUGACUCUGAGCACUGGUCUGGACAACACUUCUCCCACUCUGAGCACAGAUACACCUAUCUCUACUCUGGAAACCAUCUCCACUGCUACCUCCAGAGCCACCUCAGUCCCUGAGAAAACCACUGUGGCCACCUCCACCAUGAUAGAAACCUCUCCCAUGGCCAUCCAUUCCACAUCUGCUCCUGAGACGACAGCCUCACCCACUUCCAGUCCAACACAAAUCUCUGCUCUUGAGACAUCACCCACACUCCUCUCCACCACAGCAGAAACCUCCAGCCCAGGUGUUGAAACAACCACUAUGGUCAAUUCCAGCCCACGUGGAACAUCUGCUGCUGCUCUUCUCACCAUGAGUGCUAUGGAGACAGCAGCUUCUCCCACAUCGGUCCUUGCAAAAACAUUGUCCUCCACUCCUGGGACAAGGCCUCCUCCUGCCACCACCUCGGACACUACCCCAACCACUUCUCAGAGCAACAUUUCUCCAACUUUGAUUGCAGCUACAGCCACCUCUACUCUGGAAACAACCUCCACCGUUACCACUAGAGCCACCUCGACCCCUCAAGCCACCACAGGGGCCAUCUCCACCACGACAGAAAGCACCCGCAUGGCUGCCCAGUCCACAUCCUCUCCUGAGAAUAGUGCUGCACCAUCUUCAAACCCCACACAAACACCUGCUCGUGAAACAACCUCCACACUCCUGUCCACCAGAGCAGAAACCUCCAGCCCAGCUCCUGCGACAAACACCACAGUUCCUUCCAGCUCACCUGAAACAUCUGCUGCUGUUCUUCUCAGCACCACUGCUAAGGAGUCAACAGCCUCUCCCACCACAAUCCUUGGAGAAACAGUCUCCUCUGCUCCUCAGACAAGCCCACAUCCUGCCACCACCUCAGUGGUGACUCUGAGCACUGCUCUGGACACUUCCCCACCUGUGACCACAGCUAAACCCACCUCUGCUUUGGCAAAAAUGUCCACUGCCACUGCUACAGCCACCUCAACCCCUGCGGCAACAACUGUGGCCAUCUCCCCCAUGAUGGAAACCUCCAUCUCAGCCGCCAAGUCCACGUCUCCUCUUGAGACUACAGCUGCGCCCUCGUCCACUCCAACGAAAACGCCUGAUCUUGAGACAACCUACACAAUUCUCUCCUCCAGGGCAGAAACCUCCAGCCCAGGUCCUGAAGAAACCACCAUGAGCAGAAACCUCCAGCCCAGCUGCAGCAAGGACCACUGGUGUCACUUCCAGCCCACCUGCAACAUCUGCUACUGCUCUUCUAACCACCACAGCUAUGGAGACAACGGUCUCUCCCACCACGGACCUCGCAGAAACAUCCUCGUCUGCUCCCGGGACAAGCCCACCUCCUGCCACCACCACAGUUUCUACCAUCACCACUCCUCUGGUGAACACUUCCCAAACCCCAACCAGAGCUACGCCCACCUCUGA